AUGAAAUUUAUAAAAAUGAAGAAAAAUGACCGGAUGGCGCAAAAGCGGAAAGGUUCAUGGCGGGCGCGAAUCAUCGCGCAGGUUACGCAUUUCCAGAUGGCACACAUGCAUGAGAUCGGCGGGAAGGCCGGAGCGGCCCGUGGGACAAGUACCCCGACCGCGCAAAAGUUCGUCUCCGUUCAACCCAUGACGAUGACUCGGGUGGCAGGCCCUUGUUUCACCUGGGAAUGGCAGGACCGGUCGUCGUCGCGCGCGAUCCAAUCAUUCGUCCCUGUCCUCAGCCGACGGAACAUGGACCAGCACAGUACAACCUGCGUCCUGUGGGGAGUCCCUCUGGAUCGGGAGGGGACUGGCUGCUUGCAAACCAGUUGCAUCACCACUGACCAGAGACUGAAGAGGUUGCAAGUGGACCGGGAUUUGGCGGUGACGGAGGCCGUCCCCCCAUACAACGUGGUUGUGGCUCUGGGAUAA